AUGAGCACCGACAUUCCAAGAGUCUUUUCCACCGGUGACAAAGGUACCUUUGGUCAAUUCACCGCUGAAGUACGUUGGCCAACCAUCUUGCAGAACGCUUAUGAUGACUUACAACUGGCAAUAAAUGAAACGAAUAGUCAAUUAGCUAAAGAACAAGGUGAAAUUAUCAAGAAACAGAUUGCUGGAUUGAAACAAGAUGUUGAAAAUGAUGCUAAACCUACUCUUUUACCUGAACAAUACAAGGACUUUAACGAAAUUUUGAAAGAAAAUGACGGUCAGACAUGGUUGAACGGCGAUUGGUUGUUCUUAGAGAUUUUAUUGUACAGAAAGGUUAAUAUUUUUUUCAGGGAACAAUCUGAAUGGGAUGACUUUGACAUCUUUCAACGUUUGAAGACAUCCACGUUUGAAUCUUCGAAAAAUGGUGUUCUUGAUCUAGCAACUUACUACCAUGGUGUGAUAGAAAAAUUUAACGGCAAUGAAGAUGCUAUCCCACCUUUAUUCCAAGAAUUUAUUGAAAUCUCUUUGUGGGGUAAUGCGACCGAUUUGUCCUUGUUGGCUACUGCCACAUUGGACGACAUCAAUGCCAUUCAAAACUCUGCUAACAGAUUGAAACAAAAAUCGAAUAUUCUGAUUGAUGACUCUGAGAAAGCCUUCCAAUAUUUGAAGUCACAAAAAGGUACCGGUCGUGUCGAUUUCGUUUUGGAUAACUCCGGUUUCGAGUUGUACACUGAUCUGUUGUUUGCCGUCUUCAUGCUAGAUUUUGAUUUGGCAUCGUCUGUUGUAAUGCAUGGUAAAGAUAUUCCAUACAUGGUCAGCGAUGUUAUGAUAAAAGAUUUCAAUGACAUCAUUGCUCAGCUUGAGGAUCCAAAGUUUUUCCCAGUGGAGGACAGAACUCAUUUGGAUUUUAUCACUAAGAGAAUCAAAGAGUACGUUGAACAGGAUAAGAUCUCUAUAAAAGCACAUCCAUUCUGGACAGGUCCAUUGGAUUACUGGAACAUCGAUCCUUCUGAAACCAAGUACGGUGGUGCAGAAUGUCACAAAGAAUUGUCUACUGCUAAUUUGUGCAUCUUUAAAGGUGAUUUGAACUACAGAAAGCUAACUGGUGACCGUGUUUGGCCAAGAACUACCCCAUGGAAAACUAGUAUUGGGCCUUUGAAAGAUAACGGAUUGGUAACUUUGUCUCUCAGAACUGCCAAAGCAGAUGUUAUAGUCGGUUUACGAGAAGGUGAAGACGAAGAAUUGUCAGAAUACUGGGCAAAUCAAGGUAAUGAAAACGGUUCCUGGUGGACUUCCUCUGGUAAGUGGGCCGUUAUUUGUUUCAACGAUGGAAGUAAUUAA